AUGGAAAUUCCCUUCAAGGUGUCCGUGGGCUUUGUCGUUCUGUGGCAACAUCUUAACAUGGAAAUUCCCUUCAAGGUGUCCGUGGGCUCUGUGGUUUUGUGGCAACAUCUUGACAUGGAAAUUCCCUUCAAGGUGUCCGUGGGCGUUGUCGUUCUGUGGCAACAUCUUGACAUGGAAAUUCCCUUCAAGGUGUCCGUGGGCUCUGUGGUUCUGUGGCAACAUCUUGACAUGGAAAUUCCCUUCAAGGUGUCCGUGGGCUCUGUGGUUCUGUGGCAACAUCUUGACAUGGAAAUUCCCUUCAAGGUGUCCGUGGGCUCUGUGGUUCUGUGGCAACAUCUUGACAUGGAAAUUCCCUUCAAGGUGUCCGUGGGCUUUGUCGUUCUGUGGCAACAUCUUGACAUGGAAAUUCCCUUCAAGGUGUCCGUGGGCUCUGUGGUUCUGUGGCAACAUCUUGACAUGGAAAUUCCCUUCAAGGUGUCCGUGGGCUUUGUCGUUUGUUGGCAAAUCUUGGACAUGGAAAUUCCCUUAAAGGUGUCCGUGGGCUUUGUCGUUCUGUGGCAACAUCUUGACAUGGAAAUUCCCUUCAAGGUGUCCGUGGGCUUUGUCGUUCUGUGGCAAUAUCUUGACAUGGAAAUUCCCUUCAAGGUGUCCGUGGGCUGUGUGGUUCUGUGGCAACAUCUUGACAUGGAAAUUCCCUUCAAGGUGUCCGUGGGCUUUGUCGUUCUGUGGCAACAUCUUGACAUGGAAAUUCCCUUCAAGGUGUCCGUGGGCUUUGUCGUUCUGUGGCAACAUCUUGACAUGGAAAUCCCUUCAAGGUGUCCGUGGGCUUUGUGGUUCUGUUGCAACAUCUGGACAGGAAAUUCCCGUCAAGGGGUCCGUGGGCUUUUUACGUUCUGGUGGCAACAUCUUGACAUGGAAAUUCCCUUCAAGGUGUCCGGGGCUUUGUUGGUUAUGUUGCAAACAUAUGACAUGGAAAUGCCCGUAAAGUGUCCGUGGGGGCUUGUACGUUCUGUGCAACAUCGUCAAAAUGGAAAUUCCUUCAAGGUGUUCCGGGGCCUCGUGGUUUUGUGGCAACAUCUUGACAUGGAAAUUCCCUUCAAGGUGUCCGUGGGCUUUGUGGUUCUGUUGCAACAUCUUGACAUGGAAAUUCCCUUCAAGGUGUCCGUGGGCUUUGUCGUUCUGUGGCAACAUCUUGACAUGGAAGUUCCCUUCAAGGUGUCCGUGGGCUUUGUGGUUCUGUUGCAACAUCUUGACAUGGAAAUUCCCUUCAAGGUGUCCGUGGGCUUUGUCGUUCUGUGGCAACAUCUUGACAUGGAAAUUCCCUUCAAGGUGUCCGUGGGCUUUGUCGUUCUGUGGCAUCAUCUUGACAUGGAAAUUCCCUUCAAGGUUUUCUUGGGCUCUGUCGUUCUGUUGCAACAUCUUGACAUGGAAAUUCCCUUCAAGGUGUCCGUGGGCUUUGUCGUUCUGUGGCAACAUCUUGACAUGGAAAUUCCCUUCAAGGUGUCCGUGGGCUUUGUCGUUCUGUGGCAACAUCUUGACAUGGAAAUUCCCUUCAAGGUGUCCGUGGGCUUUGUCGUUCUGUGGCAACAUCUUGACAUGGAAAUUCCCUUCAAGGUGUCCGUGGGCUUUGUGGUUCUGUGGCAACAUCUUGACAUGGAAGUUCCCUUCAAGGUGUUCGUGGGCUCUGUCGUUCUGUGGCAACAUCUUGACAUGGAAAUUCCCUUCAAGGUGUCCGUGGGCUUUGUGGUUCUGUUGCAACAGCUUGACAUGGAAAUUCCCUUCGAGGUGUCCGUGGGCUUUGUCGUUCUGUGGCAACAUCUUGACAUGGAAACUCCCUUCAAGGUGUCCGUGGGCUUUGUCGUUCUGUUGCAACAUCUUGACAUGGAAAUUCCCUUCAAGGUGUCCGUGGGCUUUGUCGUUCUGUGGCAACAUCUUGACAUGGAAAUUCCCUUCAAGUGUCCGUGGGUGUCCGUGGGCUUUGUCGUUCUGUGGCAACAUCUUGACAUGGAAAUUCCCUUCAAGGUGUCCGUGGGCUUUGUGGUUCUGUUGCAACAUCUUGACAUGGAAAUUCCCUUCAAGGUGUCCGUGGGCUUUGUGGUUCUGUUGCAUCAUAUUGACAUGGAAAUUCCCUUCAAGGUGUCCGUGGGCUUUGUCGUUCUGUGGCAACAUCUUGACAUGGAAAUUCCCUUCAAGGUGUCCGUGGGCUUUGUGGUUCUGUUGCAACAUCUUGACAUGGAAAUUCCCUUCAAGGUGUCCGUGGGCUUUGUGGUUCUGUGGCAACAUCUUGACAUGGAAAUUCCCUUCAAGGUGUCCGUGGGCUUUGUGGUUCUGUUGCAACAUCUUGACAUGGAAAUUCCCUUCAAGGUGUCCGUGGGCUUUGUCGUUCUGUUGCAGCAUCUUGACAUGGAAAUUCCCUUCAAGGUGUCCGUGGGCUUUGUCGUUCUGUGGCAACAUCUUGACAUGGAAAUUCCCUUCAAGGUGUCCGUGGGCUUUGUAGAUCUGUUGCAACAUCUUGACAUGGAAAUUCCCUUCAAGGAAAUUCCCUUCAAGGUGUCCGUGGGCUUUGUGGUUCUGUUGCCACAUCUUGACAUGGAAGUUCCCUUCAAGGUGUCCGUGGGCUUUGUGGUUCUGUUGCCACAUCUUGACAUGGAAAUUCCCUUCAAGGUGUCCGUGGGCUUUGUGGUUCUGUUGCAACAUCUUGACAUGGAAAUUCCCUUCAAGGUGUCCGUGGGCUUUGUGGUUCUGUUGCCACAUCUUGACAUGGAAGUUCCCUUCAAGGUGUCCGUGGGCUCUGUGGUUCUGUUGCCACAUCUUGACAUGGAAAUUCCCUUCAAGGUGUCCGUGGGCUUUGUGGUUCUGUUGCAACAUCUUGACAUGGAAAUUCCCUUCAAGGUGUCCGUGGGCUUUGUCGUUCUGUGGCAACAUCUGGACAUGGAAAUUCCCUUCAAGGUGUCCGUGGGCUUUGUGGUUCUGUUGCAACAUCUUGACAUGGAAAUUCCCUUCAAGGUGUCCGUGGGCUUUGUCGUUCUGUGGCAACAUCUUGACAUGGAAAUUCCCUUCAAGGUGUCCGUGGGCUUUGUCGUUCUGUGGCAAUAUCUUGACAUGGAAAUUCCCUUCAAGGUGUCCGUGGGCUGUGUGGUUCUGUGGCAACAUCUUGACAUGGAAAUUCCCUUCAAGGUGUCCGUGGGCUUUGUCGUUCUGUGGCAACAUCUUGACAUGGAAAUUCCCUUCAAGGUGUCCGUGGGCUUUGUGGUUCUGUUGCAACAUCUUGACAUGGAAAUUCCCUUCAAGGUGUCCGUGGGCUUUGUCGUUCUGUGGCAACAUCUUAACAUGGAAAUUCCCUUCAAGGUGUCCGUGGGCUCUGUGGUUUUGUGGCAACAUCUUGACAUGGAAAUUCCCUUCAAGGUGUCCGUGGGCGUUGUCGUUCUGUGGCAACAUCUUGACAUGGAAAUUCCCUUCAAGGUGUCCGUGGGCUCUGUGGUUCUGUGGCAACAUCUUGACAUGGAAAUUCCCUUCAAGGUGUCCGUGGGCGUUGUCGUUCUGUGGCAACAUCUUGACAUGGAAAUUCCCUUCAAGGUGUCCGUGGGCUUUGUGGUUCUGUGGCAACAUCUUGACAUGGAAAUUCCCUUCAAGGUGUCCGUGGGCUUUGUCGUUCUGUUGCAACAUCUUGACAUGGAAAUUCCCUUCAAGGUGUCCGUGGGCUUUGUCGUUCUGUGGCAACAUCUUGACAUGGAAAUUCCCUUCAAGGUGUCCGUGGGCUUUGUGGUUCUGUGGCAACAUCUUGACAUGGAAGUUCCCUUCAAGGUGUUCGUGGGCUCUGUCGUUCUGUGGCAACAUCUUGACAUGGAAAUUCCCUUCAAGGUUUCCUUGGGCUCUGUGGUUCUGUGGCAACAUCUUGACAUGGAAAUUCCCUUCAAGGUGUCCGUGGCUUUGUGGUUCUGUGGCAACAUCUUGACAUGGAAAUUCCCUUCAAGGUGUCCGUGGGCUUUGUCGUUCUGUGGCAACAUCUUGACAUGGAAAUUCCCUUCAAGGUGUCCGUGGGCUUUGUCGUUCUGUGGCAACAUCUUGACAUGGAAAUUCCCUUCAAGGUGUCCGUGGGCUCUGUGGUUCUGUGGCAACAUCUUGACAUGGAAAUUCCCCAAGGUGUCCGUGGGCUUUGUCGUUCUGUGGCAAUAUCUUGACAUGGAAAUUCCCUUCAAGGUGUCCGUGGGCUGUGUGGUUCUGUGGCAACAUCUUGACAUGGAAAUUCCCUUCAAGGUGUCCGUGGGCUUUGUCGUUCUGUGGCAACAUCUUGACAUGGAAAUUCCCUUCAAGGUGUCCGUGGGCUUUGUCGUUCUGUGGCAACAUCUUGACAUGGAAAUUCCCUUCAAGGUGUCCGUGGGCUUUGUCGUUCUGUGGCAACAUCUUGACAUGGAAAUUCCCUUCAAGGUGUCCGUGGGCUUUGUCGUUCUGUGGCAACAUCUUGACAUGGAAAUUCCCUUCAAGGUGUCCGUGGGCUUUGUGGUUCUGUGGCAACAUCUUGACAUGGAAGUUCCCUUCAAGGUGUUCGUGGGCUCUGUCGUUCUGUGGCAACAUCUUGACAUGGAAAUUCCCUUCAAGGUGUCCGUGGGCUUUGUGGUUCUGUGGCAACAUCUUGACAUGGAAACUCCCUUCAAGGUGUCCGUGGGCUUUGUCGUUCUGUUGCAACAUCUUGACAUGGAAAUUCCCUUCAAGGUGUCCGUGGGCUUUGUGGUUCUGUUGCAACAUCUUGACAUGGAAAUUCCCUUCAAGGUGUCCGUGGGCUUUGUCGUUCUGUGGCAACAUCUUGACAUGGAAAUUCCCUUCAAGGUGUCCGUGGGCUUUGUGGUUCUGUUGCAACAUCUUGACAUGGAAAUUCCCUUCAAGGUGUCCGUGGGUGUGGUUCUGUUGCCACAUCUUGACAUGGAAAUUCCCUUCAAGGUGUUGCAACAUCUUAGCAUGGAAUUCCCUUCAAGGUUCCGUGGGCUUUGUCGUUCUGUGGCCAUCUGGACAUGGAAGAUUCCCUUCACGGUGUCCGUGGGCUUUGUCGUUCUGUGGCAACAUCUUGACAUGGAAAUUCCCUUCAAGGUGUCCGUGGGCUUUGUCGUUCUGUGGCAACAUCUUGACAUGGAAAUUCCCUUCAAGGUGUCCGUGGGCUUUGUCGUUCUGUGGCAACAUCUUGACAUGGAAAUUCCCUUCAAGGUGUCCGUGGGCUUUGUGGUUCUGUGGCAACAUCUUGACAUGGAAGUUCCCUUCAAGGUGUUCGUGGGCUCUGUCGUUCUGUGGCAACAUCUUGACAUGGAAAUUCCCUUCAAGGUGUCCGUGGGCUUUGUGGUUCUGUUGCCACAUCUUGACAUGGAAGUUCCCUUCAAGGUGUCCGUGGGCUCUGUGGUUCUGUUGCCACAUCUUGACAUGGAAAUUCCCUUCAAGGUGUCCGUGGGCUUUGUGGUUCUGUUGCAACAUCUUGACAUGGAAAUUCCCUUCAAGGUGUCCGUGGGCUUUGUCGUUCUGUGGCAACAUCUGGACAUGGAAAUUCCCUUCAAGGUGUCCGUGGGCUUUGUGGUUCUGUUGCAACAUCUUGACAUGGAAAUUCCCUUCAAGGUGUCCGUGGGCUCUGUGGUUCUGUUGCCACAUCUUGACAUGGAAAUUCCCUUCAAGGUGUCCGUGGGCUUUGUCGUUCUGUGGCAACAUCUUAACAUGGAAAUUCCCUUCAAGGUGUCCGUGGGCUCUGUGGUUUUGUGGCAACAUCUUGACAUGGAAAUUCCCUUCAAGGUGUCCGUGGGCGUUGUCGUUCUGUGGCAACAUCUUGACAUGGAAAUUCCCUUCAAGGUGUCCGUGGGCUCUGUGGUUCUGUGGCAACAUCUUGACAUGGAAAUUCCCUUCAAGGUGUCCGUGGGCGUUGUCGUUCUGUGGCAACAUCUUGACAUGGAAAUUCCCUUCAAGGUGUCCGUGGGCUCUGUGGUUCUGUGGCAACAUCUUGACAUGGAAAUUCCCUUCAAGGUGUCCGUGGGCUUUGUCGUUCUGUGGCAACAUCUUGACAUGGAAAUUCCCUUCAAGGUGUCCGUGGGCUUUGUGGUUCUGUGGCAACAUCUUGACAUGGAAAUUCCCUUCAAGGUGUCCGUGGGCUCUGUGGUUUCUGUUCUUAUGGCAAACAUCUAUGGACAGGUGUCCGUGGGCUCUGUGGUUCUCUUGCAACAUCUUGACAUGGAAAUUCCCUUCAAGGUGUCCGUGGGCUUUGUGGUUCUGUUGCAACAUCUUGACAUGGAAAUUCCCUUCAAGGUUUUCUUGGGCUAUGUCGUUCAGUUGCGACAUCUUGACAUGGAAAUUCCCUUCAAGGUUUCCUUGGGCUCUGUGGUUCUGUGGCAACAUCUUGACAUGGAAAUUCCCUUCAAGGUGUCCGUGGGCUUUGUCGUUCUGUGGCAACAUCUUGACAUGGAAAUUCCCUUCAAGGUGUCCGUGGGCUUUGUCGUUCUGUGGCAACAUCUUGACAUGGAAAUUCCCUUCAAGGUGUCCGUGGGCUCUGUGGUUCUGUGUACGUGGGGCUUUGGCGUUCUGUCGGCAACAUUUGACAUGGAAACUCCCUUCAAGGUGUCCGUGGCUUUGGUGGUUCUGUGGCAACAUCUUGGAAUGGAAUCCCUUCAAGGUGUCCGUGGGCUUUGUGGUUCUGUGUUGCAACAUCUUGACAUGGAAAUUCCCUUCAAGGUGUCCGUGGGCUUUGUCGUUCUGUGGCAACAUCUUGACAUGGAAAUUCCCUUCAAGGUGUCCGUGGGCUUUGUCGUUCUGUGGCAACAUCUUGACAUGGAAAUUCCCUUCAAGGUGUCCGUGGGCUUUGUGGUUCUGUGGCAACAUCUUGACAUGGAAAUUCCCUUCAAGGUGUCCGUGGGCUUUGUGGUUCUGUGGCAACAUCUUGACAUGGAAGUUCCCUUCAAGGUGUUCGUGGGCUCUGUCGUUCUGUGGCAACAUCUUGACAUGGAAAUUCCCUUCAAGGUGUCCGUGGGCUUUGUGGUUCUGUUGCAACAUCUUGACAUGGAAAUUCCCUUCAAGGUGUCCGUGGGCUUUGUCGUUCUGUGGCAACAUCUUGACAUGGAAAUUCCCUUCAAGGUGUCCGUGGGCUUUGUCGUUCUGUUGCAACAUCUUGACAUGGAAAUUCCCUUCAAGGUGUCCGUGGGCUUUGUCGUUCUGUGGCAACAUCUUGACAUGGAAAUUCCCUUCAAGGUGUCCGUGGGCUUUGUCGUUCUGUGGCAACAUCUUGACAUGGAAAUUCCCUUCAAGGUGUCCGUGGUCUUUGUGGUUCUGUUGCCACAUCUUGACAUGGAAAUUCCCUUCAAGGUGUCCGUGGGCUUUGUGGUUCUGUUGCCACAUCUUGACAUGGAAAUUCCCUUCAAGGUGUCCGUGGGCUUUGUCGUUCUGUGGCAACAUCUUGACAUGGAAAUUCCCUUCAAGGUGUCCGUGGGCUUUGUGGUUCUGUUGCAACAUCUUGACAUGGAAAUUCCCUUCAAGGUGUCCGUGGGCUUUGACAUGGAAAUUCCCUUCAAGGUGUCCGUGGGCUUUGUGGUUCUGUUGCCACAUCUUGACAUGGAAUUCCCUUCUUGCCAGGUGUCCGUGGGCUUUGUCGUUCUGUUGCAGCAACAUCUUGACAUGGAAAUUCCCUUCAAGGUGUCCGUGGGCUUUGUCGUUCUGUGGCAACAUCUUGACAUGGAAAUUCCCUUCAAGGUGUCCGUGGGCUCUGUGGUUCUGUUGCAACAUCUUGACAUGGAAAUUCCCUUCAAGGUGUCCGUGGGCUUUGUGGUUCUGUUGCAACAUCUUGACAUGGAAAUUCCCUUCAAGGUGUCCGUGGGCUCUGUGGUUCUGUUGCCACAUCUUGACAUGGAAAUUCCCUUCAAGGUGUCCGUGGGCUUUGUCGUUCUGUUGCAACAUCUUGACAUGGAAAUUCCCUUCAAGGUGUCCGUGGGCUUUGUCGUUCUGUGGCAACAUCUUGACAUGGAAAUUCCCUUCAAGGUGUCCGUGGGCUUUGUGGUUCUGUUGCAACAUCUUGGCAUGGAAGUUCCCUUCAAGGUGUCCGUGGGCUUUGUGGUUCUGUUGCAACAUCUUGACAUGGAAAUUCCCUUCAAGGUGUCCGUGGGCUUUGUGGUUCUGUUGCAACAUCUUGGCAUGGAAGUUCCCUUCAAGGUGUGUCCGUGGGGUUCGUGGUUCUGUGGCAACAUCUUGACAUGA